ACUACUACAAGCAGGGGCUGGCCUUGACGGAGGAGGGCCAUCAUGCCAGUCCAGCGUCUAUGUUCAUCCAAACCACGCUGCUCCGACUCGCACCAACAGAAAACGCGGACUACUCGUGACUGUGUCAGACAUCAGACCACAUUGCAGACCGGCAGAGAGAGGAGGAACAGACCGUUAACAGAGGGCGUGUGUCGGCAAGAGCUGUGAGCUUUGUGUCCGCCGAGUAAGGACGUAAAGAGAGGAAACUUAGCCAACGAUGUCAGGGUUGAAAAAGAGGAACUCCAAUUCCUCGGCCGAUAGGGAGGAGGACAAGCAGGUCACGGAGAGGAUGCUGGCCCCGGCAAGCGGCGGGGGAAAGGGGGACUCCAACCGUGAUGGAGCACCAGGAAGCGACGACAAAAGCCUCAACAACCCCGCCGGAGGAGAGGGAGGGGAGAACGGGGUCACUCUAAAAAGGACCAUCACCUUGUUAAACGGCGUGGCCAUCAUCGUGGGCACAAUAAUAGGCUCCGGCAUCUUCGUCACACCGACCGGCGUGGUGAAAGAGGCCGGCUCCGUGGGUCUGUCCCUGGUGGUGUGGGCAGUGUGCGGAGUCUUCUCCACCGUGGGGGCUCUGUGCUACGCGGAGCUGGGGACAACCAUCUCCAAGUCCGGGGGUGACUAUGCCUACAUCCUGGAGGUGUACGGCUCCCUGCCAGCCUUCCUGAAACUCUGGAUCGAGUUGCUCAUCAUUCGGCCGUCCUCGCAAUACAUAGUCGCCUAUGUUUUCGCCACCUACCUCCUAAAACCCAUUUUCCCCGUUUGCCCAGUUCCGGAGAACGGGGCUAAGGUCGUGGCCUGCCUCUGCAUACUGUUGUUGACCUUUAUCAACUGCUACAGUGUGAAGGCAGCCACCAGAGUGCAGGACUUCUUUGCAGUAGCCAAGCUUCUGGCACUUGGACUCAUCAUCAUCAUCGGCUUCAUCAAAAUUGGCCAAGGUGACACAGACCGUCUUCUUCCAGAGAAUUCAUUCAAAGGUUCCAAAUAUGAGUUUGGCAGCUUAGGCUUAGCACUGUAUAGCGGCCUGUUUGCGUAUGGUGGCUGGAACUACUUGAAUUUUGUCACUGAGGAGAUGAUCGAUCCAUAUAAAAAUCUACCCCGGGCCAUCAUCAUUUCUCUGCCCAUAGUGACAGCAGUUUACGUCCUGACCAAUCUGGCAUAUUUCACCACCCUCUCACCUGAGCAGAUGCUUGGCUCUGAGGCUGUGGCUGUGGAUUUUGGUAACUACCACCUGGGUCCAAUGGCAUGGAUCAUCCCUGUGUUUGUAGGACUGUCCUGUUUUGGAUCAGUUAAUGGCUCUCUGUUCACAUCAUCAAGAUUAUUCUUCGUAGGUUCUCGGGAGGGUCACCUGCCAAGCCUGCUGUCAAUGAUCCAUCCCACCCUGCUGACACCUCUGCCCUCACUUAUAUUCACUUGCUUGAUGACUCUGCUCUACGCCUUCUCCAACGACAUCUUCUCUGUUAUAAACUUCUUCAGCUUCUUCAACUGGCUCUGCAUUGCCAUGGCAAUUGUUGGGAUGAUGUGGCUUCGUUAUAAGAAGCCAGAGCUGGAGCGACCAAUCAAGGUGAAUAUUCUGCUACCAGUGAGCUUUGUGCUGGCCUGCCUUUUCCUAAUCAUCGUGUCCUUCUGGAAGACUCCAGUGGAGUGUGCCAUUGGUUUUGGCAUCAUCGCCACUGGAAUCCCUGUUUACCUGUUGGGUGUGUGGUGGAAAAACAAACCCAAGUGGCUGCUUCAUGGAAUCUUCUCGACCACAGCCAUGUGUCAGAAGGUGAUGGAGGUGGUGCCUCAAGAGUCCUAAGGCCUAUCCAUUUACUACAGCUAGUGGCUCAUUUGGUUGCACCCAAUGUGCCCUCACACACACACACACACCCUGUGUGCUGGGUGCUGAUAAGGACCUGAUGAACAUGCAGAUGUUUUAGGCUACUGUGUUUUAGUGGUCGUCAUUUAUUUCCUUUCCUGUUUCAUAUAUUGAUGACAUGUCUAGAGUUGUCAUUCAAGGACGUUUUUUUUUGUCCCUAAUUCCUUGGUAGGCUGUUACAUUUAGACUUUUUUACAAUGCAUUUAAAUUGACAAUUUUUAAUAAUCCUCAUUUCUUUUCAAAAAAUAUUUUAAUGUAAAAUGACCUCCCUCAUCAUAACCCUGUUUGCAUUAAGCAAGUUGUGCCUUAUCUGACAGUAAAGGUCAGCUUUAUGCAGUAGGUGUCAGUGGUGCCUGAGGCUGUCGUCGGCUUAUACACUGUCCUGCAAACCGCUUUAAAAGGAGCAAGUCUAAAUCCAUUGUUACCAUUUUUUAAAUCAUGCUAGGAUCCCCAAUGAUUUUCUGGAUAAUUAAAUUUUUCUAGAACAGGUUGAAGUUGUGGCUUAAAAUGAUUGUAACGUUUGGUCCUGCAGUCAUUACUUUUUUUAGCACACGCUAAAAGGCCUUGUGUGGUCUGUUUAAGUGCUUGUUGAUCACUUGCGAUGCAUGUCUGUUAAGAUAAUGGCCGUUGCCAUCCAGUGUCAGUUCAGUUUAAGCCCUACUUUUUGUUAUUUUGUGGUUGAAAAUAGAACUUGGUGUUAAGAGAGUUUCUAUUUUUUAAUUUUUACUGUUCUUAUUUUAUUUCAUGUUUUUGUUGCUUACAGAGAAAAACUCUGAGAAAAGAAAGGAAGAACAGAUAGAAGCUUAAGUUUGUGUUCCUUUUAAAGCCAGCUUGCAUUACAUGUUUAUGUCCAAUGUGUUACAGACCAACCCGGGUCGUAAUGUUGGCCCUACUGUGUGUAGUCUACUGAUCUCACCUCACAAGAUUUCUGGGUAUUUUAGUUUUGAUUUAAGUUGCAUUGUUAUUUUUACCAUAAUGCCUGGGCUGGGUAUACUAGUAUGAUCCAUGGGAACCCCAUAAUGUGGUAUUGUCCCCCCUGUUGAUGUUUUUUGGGUCAGAGAUAUAAUUUUCUGUUCGGGGAUAAAUAUCUGCAUACUGAGCCUGGCAAGCAAAGCGCUAUUUAAAGUCAAUCACACUGAUGGAAUUUAAGAGACAGCAUUAAGAAAGCCAUGUAACUGUACGGUAAAAAACAAACAAACAUGAUCUCUCUUCCAGGGAUUCACCAAUGGAUCAGUUUAACAUCAGUAUUGAAUGAAAUCGGCCCUGUUGACAGACAUGGGACAAUCGGCAAAUGAUGUAGCAUGAGCCAAAGUCAGUAGCCGAUGUUUAGCUGUGGUGUCAUAUCAAUUGAAUGCUGGCAUCUAGUACACCUAACUACUGAUUCAGAGAAGAGUGUUUUUAUUGGGAAGAGGAAGUCAGGUUUUAAACUUUGAUCUGUUUUUGUGGUCAAGCAUUAAAAAAAAAAAGCAAAAUUGUUACUUCAACUGUUGGUAUCAGCCCGGAUUUUCACAAUCGAUGCAUCUCCACUCUCUUCUAGUGUGGAUGUUUGUGUGUGUGUUAUUGUAUAUGUAAGUCCUUUAUUUGGAAUAGUUGGAGUGAAAAGGACAAAAAAGGAUAAUAUAAGUACACAGACAACCAUUCUUCAACCUAUGAAGGAAAAUUGGAAAGCAGAGAGUUUUGUAUUUUUAUGACGUGAGAGUGUUCAUUUUCAGAUCACAGUUUGAACUGCUAGUUAUAACUUUUCAUCCUCAUCUUUUAUGUUUACCUGUCCACACAAACUGAUAGUAAUAGAUCAAGUCAGUUAAUUAUUAUUAACAGAAAAAAUGUCAACUCUCCUCCUGGCAACGGACCAAAAGUACAUGCAGUGUGUUGCUUCCCUCGGGGAUGCAGGAGGGGUUAAUGUGUAUGUUUUAGAAAUAGAACCUUUUGUUAACACUCCAGCCAUCACUUGAAGCUGAUGGGAAACUAACCACAAUAGGACUGUAGAAAGUUUAUUUAUUUAUUUUUAGGAUACUUUGUUGUUUAUUAGUCCCUUUGUUUACAGGGCAUUUUGUGAAAAGUGCUUUACAAAUAAAUCUUGAGUUUUUUCCA